GUGUGGGACACGCAGGGAGGCAGCCCCACCACACACGACCCCGUGGGAGCUAGAAGAGCCUGAGCGUGGAAGUGAGACUGCAGGAAGUGGUCGGGUCAGUCUCAGGGAACCUGCUGCCCAUCCGUGCUGGUGGCCAGGAAGCGGGGGACACUGCAUGCCGACUCAGCACCUUUCACCCUGGGGCUGUGGGAGCCAGCAGGUGGGGGGAGGCUCAGGGAGGAGCGGUCCUAGGGUCCCUGGGGCACUGGGGAACCCUUGUGCGCUCCUCUGACCCAGCUCCCCAGCUGCCCUUGCUGGAGCCUGGGGGUGGGGGCAUCCAUGAGGCUGGUGAGUCACUAGGCAGCCCAGGCUGGUCUGGGAGGUUGGCCACGGCUGCCUGACAGGCCUGCGUGGCUCUGACCCCUGCCCUACCUGGGAUGCUGGUAGCAAAGGCGCCUCCCCUGCCUGACCCCUUCUGUCCCAGAUGCAUCAGACACUAUAGCCCCAGGCCCGAGAGCCCCAGCCCCUGCCGCCACUGUGGGUGGACAGGGCAGUGGAUGAAUAAGGGGCAGUGAUGGAUAAGGACGAGUCCAGUCCCCUGCAGCCCCCCCCGGAGGGCAGGGGGCAGGAGGAGAGGGCUGAGCAACUGGGCUCAGGGAGAGCUGGACCCGGCUGCCCCGCCCUGGGGGAAGGUGAGGGCGGGCCCCCUCCCCCCACCCUCCCCGCCCCGCUGGCCGAGCUCCCAGCAGCCAGCCGCCGCAUCAUCAAUAUUUCAUGGGCGUCAAUAAGAGGCCGGGACGGCGGCUGCAGCAGCAUUCUCGCCAGCCCCAGCCACAGCUCUCUGCAAGGAUCGACCUCCCUGCCCUGCCCACCACCAUGGACGUCUUCAAGAAGGGCUUCUCCAUCGCCAAGGAGGGUGUGGUGGGCGCCGUGGAGAAGACCAAGCAGGGGGUGACAGAAGCGGCCGAGAAGACCAAGGAGGGGGUCAUGUAUGUGGGAGCUAAGACCAAGGAGAAUGUCGUGCAGAGCGUGACCUCAGUGGCUGAGAAGACCAAGGAGCAGGCCAAUGCUGUGAGCGAAGCCGUGGUCACCAGUGUCAACACAGUGGCCAUCAAGACGGUAGAAGAGGCAGAGAACAUUGCCAUCACCUCCGGAGUGGUUCGAAAGGAGGAACUGGAGCAACCAGCCACCCCGCAGGAGGACAAGGCAGCCACAGGGGAAGAGGAAGUGGCUGAGGAGGCCAAGAGUGGAGGAGGAAACUAGAGGGAUGCCAGUCGGCCACGGAGACCCCGAGAAAGAGCCCUCUGCCUUGCACCCCACCCGCUCCAGGCACGCGGAGUGCCCAGCCCAGAGCGUGACCUGGGUUGCCCAUGUUCCCACACCCACAUCUGGCCACCCACAGGCCUGUCCUCCUAAGCUGCCUCUGAUGACUUUACCUCCCUCACUCCCUCCCUCACAGCCUCUACCCCCUGGUCCUUCUGAACCCACAGAUGCUGCUGUGAAAUUUUGUUUUUAAUGAUUCCAAAUAAAACUCUAAUCCUCACCCCUGGC